ACCACUCCGCCGAGCAUCUUUUCUUCUUCUUCUCCUCCUCCUGACUCCCUCAUUUGGAAGGACGCCAGCCCUGCCGAUCCUUGCAAGUUGGCUCCAAUAAUUUGUGACAUUGUCUGUCAGACAUCAGUGAAUCGAUUCUUUGAAGAAGAAAAAAAAUUGAACGAUCCCUUCCCUCCUCCUCCUCCUCCUCCUCCUCCUCUUCUUCUUCUUCUUCUCUUCCACUCACCACCUUCUUAUAAAUAUGCGACCCGGCGUGCUCGGCUCGCCUCGGUCCAUCCUCGGCGUGCAGCAGGAUAUGAGUCUUGCUGAUUUUUGAUCGUCUUCCUUUCUUGUCCAUGCAAGACCCGGAGUGGAAACAUGUCUGUCCACUUCUCUGAGAGGACCCCGGCUGUCAGAGAUGGCAUUCUGGUCCGGCACUUUCACCUCUAAAGUGCCCAGGAAAAUCUUGUUCAUGUUCACCCUGUCCCUGUCGGUCACCUACUUGUUCUACAGCUUGAUGAGCUGCUACAACUCGCUCCAGUUCCCGCUGCAGGACAACUUUGCCUACCAGGCUCGGCUGGCCACCGAGGAGACCACUUUGGUGAGGGACCAACUUUACUCCACCUCUGCUGAGGCCGAGUUCACCCACAGGAGCACGGUGGUCUCCAUCGUGCACCGGGAUGAGGCGCUGGCGGAGGACGAGGAGGAGGAGGACCGCCAUGCCCGGCCGCCGUCCGCCACAGAGUCCACGCGCCAGCGGGCGGUCAGCACCACGGAGGGCGACCUGCGUGUGAACUGCACCUCGGAUUACGGCGAGAAGAAGCUCCCGCAAGCCAUCAUCAUCGGGGUGAAGAAAGGCGGCACCCGGGCGCUGCUGGAGGCUCUCAGGGUGCACCCGGAUGUCAGGGCCGUGGGGAACGAGCCGCACUUCUUCGACAGGAACUACGAGAAGGGUCUGGACUGGUACAGAGACCUGAUGCCUUCCACGCUGGAGGGUCAGAUCACCAUGGAGAAGACCCCCAGUUACUUUGUGACCAACCACGCCCCCAAGCGCAUCCACACCAUGGCCAGGGACAUAAAGCUGAUUAUCGUGGUGCGCAAUCCUAUCACCAGAGCUAUCUCGGACUACACGCAGACUCUGUCCAAGAAGCCCGAGAUCCCGACCUUCGAGGUGCUCGCCUUUAAGAACCGGACUCUGGGUCUUAUAGACGCGUCGUGGAGCGCUUUACGCAUCGGAAUUUACGCGCUGCACCUGGAGACCUGGAUGCAGUACUUCCCUCUGUCCCAAAUGCACUUCGUCAGCGGGGAGCGGCUCAUCGUGGACCCGGCGGGCGAGAUGGCCAAAGUCCAGGACUUCCUGGGCCUCAAGAGGAUUGUCACGGACAAACACUUUUACUUCAAUAAGACUAAAGGCUUCCCGUGUCUGAAGAAGCCCGAGGACAGCAGCACUCCCAGGUGCCUGGGCAAGUCCAAGGGGAGGACUCAUCCCAAAAUCGAGCCGGACGUGAUCCGGCGGCUGCAUAAGUUCUACAAGCCCUUUAACAUGAUGUUCUACCAAAUGACGGGACAGAACUUUGAGUGGGAGCUGGGGGAGGACAGCGUAUCGCCAGGCUCUCAGGUCUAGCAGAGCGCCGAAGACACACCAGCAGCCUUCGUAUAACUCCACUUUAAAAAAAAACAACAAAAAAAAACCCACUUACUGUUCUGUUCUGGUUUUCAGAAAAGACGCACCACUCAGUCACACCUGUGUCCAUUAGCGCUCUCUCCUUUCCAAACUUCGAAAAAUGUUGACGAUGGCAGAUCAUUAUUGUACA